CCUUAGUGUAAAAUUACAGGCCCAAACACUUUGGGCUCCAGGGUACCGGCCCAAAAACUGGGAUACGACCAGGGCAGGCAGGCAGGGCCGCUCUACUCGGUUAUGUUAGCGAUCUCAGGGCAUCCGGCCACUGUAACUCUGUAAACUGCAACCUCAAAACCAUCAAGGUUCGAAGAGCUUCAUCAGCUUCUCUUUUGCAACCAUGGAAGAAGAAUCAAAAGAGCAGAAGCUUGUGAAAACGAAAGUAGCAGCGUUGCCAUGGAUGCGAAGUCCAGUUGAUGUUAGUUCGUUUGAAAACUGCCCCCUCACCCAGCUUCCAUUUCUCAAUCCAAGUCUGGAGGCGGCUUUGUGUAAUAGCGGAAUCGAUUCGCUUUUUCCUGUUCAAGUAGCGGUUUGGCAAGAAACCAUGGGCCCUGGUUCCUUUGAGAGAGACCUCUGUGUGAAUUCACCUACAGGAAGCGGGAAGACAUUAGCCUACGCAUUGCCAAUUGUACAAAUGCUUUCAUCUCGUUCUGUUAAAUGUCUUCGAGCUUUAGUGGUUUUACCCACUCGUGAUUUAGCGUUGCAGGUGAGGGAUGUUUUUGCCACAAUUGCCCCUGCAGUGGGGUUAUCUGUUGGUUUGGCUGUAGGGCAAUCUUCGAUAUCAGAAGAAAUUUCAAUGCUUAUUGAGAGACCAAAACUUGAAGCAGUGGCAACACCUGGAAGACUAAUGGAUCAUAUUAACAACACCAAAGGUUUUACACUCGAGCAUCUUCGUUUUUUGGUAGUUGAUGAAACGGAUAGAUUGCUUAGAGAAUCAUAUCAGUCAUGGCUUCCAAUGGUUCUUCAAUGCACCAAUUCUACCAUUGAUAGCUAUUUUUCCAAUCCUUCUACAUUUGGUUCCUUGAAGACUAUAAGGAGAAUUGGUGUAGAAAGGGGAUUCAAAAACAAAGCUUACCCAAGGCUUAUGAAGAUGGUUUUAUCCGCAACAUUAACUCAAGAUCCAACCAAACUUUCUCAACUUCAACUGCAUCAUCCUUUGUUCUUGACAACCGGACACAUACGCUAUAAGCUUCCAGAACAUCUCCACUCUUUCAAAUUGAUAUGCGAACAACAGAUGAAGCCUCUUUACCUUGUUUCCCUUUUGAAAAAUUUACAAGGGGAAAAGUGUAUUGUUUUCACAUCGUCAGUUGAGUCGACUCACCGACUCUGUACUUUGCUUAAGUUUUUUGGAGAUUUGGGAAUUAAAAUCAAGGAAUAUUCGGGUCAUCAACAUCAAACCUUGAGAAGCAAGACAUUGAGGGCAUUUAGGGAAGGGGGAGUACAAGUGGUGGUGUCUUCUGAUGCGAUGACACGUGGCAUGGAUGUGGAAGGGGUUAGAAAUGUAAUUAAUUAUGAUAAGCCGCCAUACAUCAAGACAUAUAUUCAUCGUGCUGGGAGAACUGCAAGGGCUGGGAAUUCAGGGCGUUGCUUCACCUUGUUACACCAAGACGAAGUGAAGCAAUUCAAGAAGCUUUUGAAGAAAGCCGACAUUGAUUCUUGUCCUGUUUAUACACUUCCAUCUGAUUCGAUAGAAUCCCUCAGAUCCACCUAUGAUGAUGCUUUGGAGAAACUAAAAGAGAACGUUGAAAUGGAAGCUUCUAAGAAACGUAAGCUUGGAUUCAAGUCUUCAAGCAAGAUGAAAAAACGCUGAUUUAUGCUUUAAAAUAUAUAUUGUUGUAUUGUUAUUAUGUUUUAUGUUUUUUUUUUUAAAGGAAAUUUUGAUUUUUGUAGCAACAGUUUUUUCAUUAUCUUUAAUUGAUUUUUGGAAGAAUUUCAUAUAUGCCCUUCUUAAACAUCAAAAUAUUAUAUUUACCCAACUUCUCAACGACAUUUGCAUAUUACUUUCACCCCUCAU